CACACAUCCACCGCACUCAGGACAACUUUUCACAAAACUUUUUCACAGAUGGAAUUGGCGGAUGCUGUUAAGUAAGGGAUGGAGGGGGAGCAGGUUGACUCUUCUCUUGACCUGAGCCACCUCACAGACCAGGAGCAGUCCAUCAUCCUCCAGGUCUUACAACGUGACCUGGAGUUGCGUCGUUGUGAUGAAGGACGUGUAAGGAACCUCCAGCAGUCAGAGACAGACCCGGCACGUCUGCGCUUCCUGUCUGGGGCAUGGUUCAGCGAGGAGAGCAGCAAACGCCAUCGCAAUCGGACAUCAGGCUGCGACCUGGUCCAUGCCACCAUACGCCACAGGAAGACAAAGAGCAGAGAUGUGCCCCUGGCUGGACUGUUUAAUGGAGAGAAACAAGAAACCUUGCAUGAUGACAACAACUCUCCUGAGGCAGAGGGAAGACUGAAGGACAACAAGGAAGUGGAGAAAGCAGGGAGUCAAGGAGGUUUGAAACCUACUCCCACACCCAGAACAAGAAGUCCAGUAGCACAGGGUCUCCAGCAUAGAAAUAGUUCCUCGUCAUCCAAAGAGUGUGAAAGGAGAAGUAAUGGCCACUCAGAGGAACCUGAGGAUGACUUUGAGCAUCACAAUGGAGACACUGACUCAAUGAGCAGCAGCCUGACGGAGGCAGACCCAGCUUCUCUGAAAACCAGCAGCUCCACCAGCAGCCUUCAUUCAGGCUACACGCUCAGUGGAAGCAUGAUGAGUCUGUUCAGCUCAGGAGAUUUUGGACUGGUGGAGGUGAGGGGCCGUAUCCAGUUCUCACUGGUUUACGAGACCCAGAGGGAGGAGCUGCAAGUCAAAGUGCAUCGCUGCGAGGACAUCGCUUCAGCACGCAAGAACCGCUCCGACCCAUAUGUUAAAACCUAUCUCUUGCCGGACAAGUCGAGUCACAGUAAGAAGAAAACUUCAGUGAAGAAGAAGACACUCAGCCCAGUCUAUGAUCAGACACUCCGAUACAAAGUGAGGAUCGGGGAACUGCGGAAUCGGACCUUGAACCUGUCGGUGUGGCAUGCUGAGCCCCUUGGGAGGAACGUGUUCCUGGGUGAGGUGGAGGUGUCUCUGGGCCUUUGGGACUGGACCUCCACUCAGCCGCUGUGGCAGGACCUGCAGCCACGGGUUCAUUUGAAUCCAGACUCCAUCAGCAGUCGUGGGACCAUCAUGCUCUCUAUUAAAUUCAUCCCAGACGGAUUUGAGGGUAGUGGUCUGCCACUGACAGGAGAGCUUCACAUCUGGCUUCGGGAAGCUCAAUGUCUCCUGUCCAACAAAGGAGGUGCUAUAGACUCAUUUGUUAGAAGCUACAUACUCCCAGAUGCUAGUAGACAGAGUGGCCAGAAGACACGGGUGGUGAAGCGCUCCAUCAGCCCUACGUAUAACCACACCAUGGUGUAUGAUGGCUUCCACACCAGCGACCUGAGAGAGGCCUGCGCUGAGCUGAGUGUCUGGCAACGUGAAGGGUUAAAGACACACAUCUUAGGAGGGAUUCGUCUGAGCUGUGGAACUGGUCAGAGUUAUGGUGAGUCUGUCAGCUGGAUGGACUCUACAGAGGAGGAGGUCGCUGUGUGGACCUCAAUGAUUGAAAACCCAAACCACUGGAUUGACAUGACACUACCAAUCAGAACUAACCUCAACCCCCGGUCUGAGUGACUCAGACACACUUCAUGCACAAACACACACUGAUUCAAAUAAUGACUGGACUGAAAGAACACUCAGCACAUAGGCACAUUUAACCUCUCUAUACACAGAUACACUGUUUAUUUCUGUUCGUACACACAAACACACACAGAGGGAGUUAGUAGUGGUGCAAUAUUGUGAAUUAAUGGUGUAGAAAUAUUUAGUUCUGAAACCAAAUCUGUCUGCUUUUCAAAUGUUUUAUUUGUAUGUUUUGGCCUCAGUCUGUGUCUUAUCUGACAAAAGUGCAUUUGUAAUCCAUUGUAGUUUAUUAAUUAAAUAUCAAACCCGAACUUAUGUAGCCUUCUGAUUUACUUACUGAUGUUACAUCAAGGAGACAAUUAUAGAGACAUAACUGAAUAAGCACAAAUUUUAUGAAAUGAAAAUUGUAUAUCAGUAUAUCAGAGAAAUAGGACAAUCACUUUCACCAUGCAAAACACAAAUUCUGAUAAUAUAGAUUUUUAGGGGACAUUACUGUAAUUGGAUAGGUUAGAAAUAGCCUGCAGUUACAUGCAUUCAGCUUUCCCAUGUAAUGGAUUAACUGACUACCACCUUGUGGUCAGACUUUGUACCUAUUCUUUGGACUUUUCAGAGGGGACAGUGAAGGUUAAGGUCAAGAACACAGUGUCAUGUAAUUUGUCCUCACUUUUUUCAUCAAAACAAACUGUUAUACAACAGGUAUCCAUCUUCCCUUUUACACACCAAUGGACAGUGGAGGAAGGCCUUUAUCAUAUGUGCCAUACCUCCUGUCCAGCAGGUGGCAUUCUUAACAUUCCUGAUUCAAGCUGAAAUCUCAGCGGAAGUGGCACUAUUUGGCUUCCAAAAUGAAGUAUCAAGAAAGGUAUGUAUGUUUUGUA